AUCGGUUUUAUCGCAAAAAAAAAAUUUAACCAAUCUUUCUAUUUCGAUUUUUUUUAUCAUCGAUUUUUUUUUUUUUUUUCUCACUUUUUCAAUACUUAAUAUUUCAUUUUUUAACAGCCGUGCACCGCUGAACGGUAUACAGCUAUUUAACUUUAAUAUUUGUAACGACGAAUCUUGUCAUGUUAUAGUCGCCCAAAAAAAAUGAACCGAACAAAUAAUAAAAAUUACGCCCAAGCUGCAGCGCAGCAAAAAAAUAAUAAACAAGCUUCUCACACUAAUAAUCCAUCCCAUCAAAAUCAACAACACCACCACCAACAGGUGUCUCAACAAAAUCAAGCUUCAGGUCCUCCUACAUCCUCAAAUUAUUCUUCAUCCGCUAACGGAAAGUCUAUUAAUAACUCACAAACGAAGCCACAGACACCGCAUAAUUCAACUAUGGGAAAUGGUAAUACUGGUCGUUCUGCUUCGAUCAAACAACAGAAGAACAGCGUAACACUACCAACGAAUGGUCACUCUUGGGAAACUGCACCUACACAGGCAACACAAGCUACACCUACUACUGUUGGAACUUCUGGUCCGGGAGUUAAUAAUAUAAAUAAUAACAAUAAUAACAAUAAUAGUAAUGGCACUUCUAAAUCAAUAUCUGCGCGUGCGAACGAGAUACCUCGUACACAUUCUGCUCCACCAUUAUUUCAAGAUUCAAAUAAUAGAAAUGUAGGGCAAUCAGGUCAUACAUCCAUUGUAGUACCUGCCCGUACUCAACCUAAUAAUAUACAUCAACAGCAGUCUGCGGCCGUUCCUCCUCAUCAACAAUCUUCAGCAUCGGUUAAUAAUAAUAAUCCCCCAUUAAAUCAUCGUAAAGAUUCGGUAUCUUCUACCGUAUCAUCAAAUGAUGGCCAACCACAAUUUCAUCCUCAUCAUUCGCCACAUCAUCCUCCCAAUCAUACGAAUCAACAUGGUCAUCCGGCGUUUCGACACCCACAACAUCAUAAUACUCAUAAACCCAUACAACAAAUGUAUCGGCCGAGGGAUAAACAACAUCCAUCCCCACAUUUAAAUCCUGCACAACAACCUGUCCCAACACAACAAAGUGCAAUGCCCAUUGGACCACCACCACAUAUGUUUCAAAUGUAUCCUAACCACCGAGGGGUAUAUUACAUGGACUAUACUACAGGUUAUCCUGUUGCUCCUCAUAAUAUGUAUUCGAUACCACCAUUUGUACCACAACGCCCACCACCAAUGUCACAGCCUAUUCCUCCAGUUAAUAAUGUUUCUUUUCAAAAGCAACCAACAAGUAAAGCUAUCCAGAUAAUUGAUCCAAAUAGAAACGCUCCUAUUCAGAUCAAUACUAAUAAUAUACAACGACAACAGCAAAAUUACAAAAGAGAGGAAACACCUUCCACUGUUCCUGAUAAAAAAACCAAAGAAUCUGAUAAAGAAGUCAGACCUAGUUCCGAUGAUAAAGGUGUUUCAAAAGCUGUCCCAAUUGUUGAUCCUGCAGAAAAAAUUAAAGAACGUGAAGAGCGUGAAAAGAAAGAACGAGAAGAACAAGAACGUAUCGCAAAGGAAAAGGAAGAACGAGAACGCAAAGAACGUGAAGAACGUCUAGAACUGGAACGAAUUGCAAAAGAAAAAGAAGAACAAGAACGUAAAGAACGGGAGGAACGGGAAGAGCAGGAACGUCUUGCAAAAGAAAAAGAAGAACGUGAACGUAAAGAACGGGAGGAACGGGAAGAGCAGGAACGAAUUGCAAAAGAAAAGGAAGAACUGGAACGCAAAGAACGUGAAGAGCGUGAAAAGAAAGAACGAGAAGAACUAGAACGUCUUGCAAUAGAAAAGGAAGAACGAGAACGCAAAGAACGCGAACGUCUAGAACUGGAACGAAUUGCAAAAGAAAAAGAAGAACGAGAACGUAAAGAACGGGAGGAACGGGAAGAGCAGGAACGUCUUGUAAAAGAAAAAGAAGAGCGUGAACGUAAAGAACGUGAAGAACGGGAAGAGCUGGAACGAAUUGCAAAAGAAAAGGAGGAACAGGAACGUAAAGAACGUGAAGAACGUGAGCGUCUAGAGCUGGAACGAAUUGCAAAAGAAAAGGAAGAACGGGAGCGCAAAGAAAAAGAAGAAAGAGAGGAGAGAGAGCGUUUAGAGGCGGUGGAGCGUAUUGAAAAAGAACGUAAAGAAGCAGAAGAAAAGGCUCUUAAAGAGCAAGAAGAAAAAGCUCUUCUUAAAGAAGCAGAUAUUGAGAAAAAGGAAGAGGAAGAACCUAAAUCAAAAGCAACACCUGAAGAAGAAGCUGAAAAAAAGAAAAAAGCUGAAGCAUUGGAUAAAAAAGAUGAUAAGAAAGAAGAAAAGAAACGGCCAGGUCCAUUAGAUUUAUCACGUACUACAUCUGCACCUGCAAUUCCCAGUGCACCACUUAGUGCACUUGGUAGUGCACGUAUGCUUGAUGACUUAAGCUCUAUACAAUACCCACAGGGUAUUAAAUCACCUAAUCCAGAAUUGAAUUCUAACGCUGAGCCAGGAAAAUUUAAAUACGAUCGUACUUUUCUCAUGCAAUUUAUGACCGUUUGUAAAGAAAAGCCAGAAAAUUUACCUGCGUUAGAAGCUAUUGGUAUGGAAGAAUCUAAAGAUGACAAGAAGAGAACAAAUACACGUUCUAAUAGCGGUCCAAGAACAUCAUCAUUGCAUAAGGGUAGUCCAAAUCAAUCUCAAUUCUCUCAAAUGGGUGAAUUUAAAUUCACUCCUUUGAAGACAAGUGAAGAAAGAUUUGCCGCUUCGAUGAGAAAUGGAAUGCCUGCUUCAGGUAUUUUUGGACGAACCGCACUUGGUCGUACUGGAAGUGGAAGCACAUUAUUACCACCAACUGCAGCAAUGACACCUCCAAGUCCAGGUCGUACACCUAGUGGACGUAAUAGAGACAAUAGAAGAACCGGCAAAGGUUCACAUCAAAUGCAAGGAUCAAAUAUGGGACAAGAACAUGUUGCACCACUUGAACGUACAGAAAACCGAUGGGUUCCUCAAAUUUUAAAUAGUAGUACUCCUUUACCUAAAUCAGAAGAAUCCAUACCUUUUGAAUCAGUACAACGUAAAGUUAAAGCGCUUUUAAAUAAAUUGACGUUGGAAAAGUUUGAUUCUAUAUCAGAUCAAAUCAUUGAUUUUGCAAACAAAUCGAGGGAUGAAAGAGAUGGACGUAUAUUAAGAGAAGUAAUUCGUCUUAUAUUUGAGAAAUCUUGUGAUGAAUCAAAUUUCUGUGCGAUGUAUGCUCAGCUUUGUCGUAAGAUGAUGGAAAGAGUCGACCCUGAAAUAGUUGAUGAAAAUGUCAAAAACACUGAGGGUAAAUUUGUUCAAGGCGGUACAUUAUUUAGAAAAUAUCUUCUUAAUCGUUGUCAAGAAGAAUUCGAGAAAGGUUGGAAGGUUAAUGUCCCAGUGCCUUCCAAUGAAAAGGGGGAACCAGAUUUGAUGUCAGAUGAAUAUUAUGUAGCUGCAAGGGCUAAAAGACAAGGCCUUGGUCUAAUACGUUUCAUUGGCGAACUAUUUAAAUUAAAUAUGCUUACAGAACGUAUUAUGCAUGAAUGUAUAAAGAAAUUAUUAAUAUUUCAAGGCUCACCUGAAGAAGAAGAAAUGGAAAGUUUAUGUAAAUUAAUGAAUACAGUAGGAGAACAACUUGAUCAUGUCAAACCAAAUCCACAUGAACAAAUGAAAUCGACCCAACUUGAUCAUGCAAAAGCAAAAAAAUAUAUGGAAUCUUAUUUUGAUCGUAUGGAGGAGAUAUCGAAGCUUCCAAAUUUGUCAAGUCGCAUAAAAUUUAUGUUAAUGGAUGUUAUGGAUUUACGAAGUAACGCUUGGAAACCACGACGAGAUAUUAAUGCUCCAAAGACGAUCGCAGAAAUUCACGAAGAUGCCGCAAAACAAAAAGAAGAGGCUGAGUAUCUGAGACGAACGACUAGUUCAGGUGGUAGAGGUAUGCCUAAGAUGUCAGAGCAAAUGUCGCGCAGUGGUUCAAGUCGUCAACAUCGAUCAGACAAAGGAAUGACACAAUCACCAGAUGGAUGGAGUACCGUUGGAAGUUCAUCACAAAGAAAUAAAGAAAAAGUUGGUGACCUUACUAAAUUUGGAUCAGUAAAUCGUAGUAAAAUCGUCAGUUUAGCACCGGGAGGCAUAUUAGGAGGCUUAUCAGGAGGGGCUAAAGGUUGGUCCAAGGGUAAUGAAAAUAAAGAUCCAAAUGAUAAACCUGGCCUUAAUAGGGCGAAUUCAACAACGAAUAUAUAUAGCGUAUUAAAUUCAGAGAGCUCAGAGGGAAGGAAAAGCUCCGAAUCAAAUUCAUCAGACACUCAAAAACCCUCUCCACCAACAGAGCGUAAAAAAUUAAUUUUAGCUCCACGUACAAAGAGUUUCACAUCUGAAGAGCCUGUAAAAUUGGUAUCUAAAUCUACUUCCGGGUCGGCAUCAUCAUCACAAACAACAGUAGAGUUAGAUUCAAAGAAGAUCUGUAAAAGUAUUGUUAAUAUGAUGGAAGAAUACUUUUCAAUAUUGGAUAGUCAAGAGGUCAUCACUUGCCUUAAAGAGGAUACUCCAGUAGAAUACCAUCCAAAGGCAAUAGAAACAUUCGCAAACAAAGUGAUCGAGAAAAAGCAGAAAGAUGUGGACGAUGUUAUGAAAUUGUUCAAAGAAAUUGUAUCCUCCAGUACUUGUGAUAAUGAUGCUUUUAAAGAUGGUUUUAAAGCUACUUUAGAAUUUUUGAUGGAAAUUGGUGCAGAUGCUCCAAUGGCUUAUUCUUAUACAGGACAAUUGUUAUUUAGUACUGAACUUUUUUUUCGGGAUAUUAUAGAACUUCUUAAACCUUUGGAUGAUGAUAUGGCAAUUGAUAAAAUUGUGAAAGGAUAUGCGAAGGCAUUAAAAAAUGAUGUGGAUGAACAAAAAUAUGUACAAAAAAUAAACGAAUUUGAUCUUACAUCGCUAUUCCCAAAGAAAAAUAAAGAUGAUAUAAACAAAUAUAUCGAAGAUCUUGGGGGGUCUUCAAAAAAAUAAAUAAAUCGGGAAUUUUUUUAAUCGUAAAUGAACAUUUUUUUAUUUUUUAUUUUGUCUUUUUCCUUAGAAUUUUUUUAAUUUUAACGUUAGUUUUUUCAACCAAUAUUAAAAAAAAAUUCAUACAAUGUGUACAUUUUUCAACAAUUCAAAAAAAAAUAACCAUCCAUUAAUUUUUUAAAAAAUUUAUUUAAUGAAUUUAAGAGGAUGUACUCUAAUAUUUUCCUCUUUUGUACAUUUUUUCUUCUCUUUUAUACAUACCAUUUUCUUCAUUAAAAAAAAA